GCCCCCUCGCACGGAGCUCUGAUAGGCUCCCGUGGGCUGGGGUGCUCGCAAGGGCACGCUUGAGGACCCGGGAAAAGGAAGUGUGAGGGCCGCUGGGAAAAAAGAAGGGGUGUACCGGCCCCGGCCCCGACGGGAGGGCCAAGACUACAAAUCCCAACACAUUCGCGGCCUCGGAGCCCCGCCCCUAACAAACUACAGCUCCCGGAAGGCAUUGCGGCAGUGCUCUCGGCGCCAGGCCGAGGUGUGGUGGUGAAGGGGUAUUUCCAUUUUAACAGGGAACAAUCCCUGAACCCGAAGGAAUGAAUCCCUAAUGGUGGAGUUUCAGGCAUCAGUGACAGGCUGAACCCGGACUUCCAGGGCCCAUGCUUACACCGGACAAAUUAUGGCCUGAGCUAUGAGCAAACAGGACUUCAUGAACACUUCGGUGCAAGAGCCCCCUCUUGACUACUCCUUCCGAAACAUCCAGGUGAUUCAAGAUCUGAUAAGCGAGGAGCCAAGGAAAGGGCAGCGACCACUAAGGCACUCGAAGUCAGGGAAGUCACUGACCCAGUCCCUGUGGCUGAACAACAAUGUCCUCAAUGAGCUGAGAGACUUCAACCAUGUAAUUUCACAGCUGCUGCAGCAUCCAGAGAACCUGGCCUGGAUCGACCUGUCUUUCAACGACCUGACUUCCAUUGACCCUGUCCUGUCCACUUUCUUCAACCUGAGUGUCCUCUACCUCCAUGGCAACAGCAUCCAGCGCCUCGGAGAGGUGAAUAAGCUGGCCAUCCUCCCUCGGCUCCGGAGCCUCACACUCCACGGGAACCCCAUGGAGGAAGAGAAGGGGUAUAGGUAAGACCAGGUAGGGACCAUGUCUCCUGCCAUCGCACUAGCCUUCCUGCCACUGGUGGUGACAUUGCUGGUGCGGUACCGGCACCAUUUCCGACUUCUGGUGCACACCGUCUUGCUGCGGAGCCUCCGAGACUACCUGUCAGGGCUGCGGAUUGAGGAACGGGCCUUCAGCUAUGUGCUCACCCACGCCCUGCCUGGAGACCCUACUCAAAUCCUCACCACCCUGGACCACUGGAGCAGUCACUGCGAGUACCUGAGCCACAUGGGGCCUGUCAAAGGUCAGAUCCUGAUACGGCUGGUGGAAGAGAAGACCCCUGCUUGUGUGCUGGAGCUGGGUACCUACUGCGGAUACUCCACACUGCUUAUUGCCCGUGCCCUGCCCCCUGGGAGUCGCCUUCUCACUGUAGAGCGGGACCCACGCACAGCAGUGGUGGCUGAAAAACUCAUCCGCUUGGCUGGCUUCGACGAGCGCACGGUGGAGCUCAUCGUGGGUAGCUCAGAGGAGGUGAUCCCGCGCCUACGAACCCAGUACCAGCUGAGUCGGGCAGAUUUGGUACUCCUGGCACACCGGCCCCGAUGUUACCUGCGGGACCUGCAGCUUCUGGAGGCUCACGCUCUGCUGCCAGCUGGUGCCACUGUGUUGGCGGACCACGUGCUCUUCCCUGGUGCACCCCGCUUCCUGCAGUACGCCAAGAGCUGUGGCCGCUAUCGCUGCCGUCUCCAUCAUACUGGCCUCCCAGACUUUCCUGCCAUUAAGGAUGGCAUAGCCCAGCUCACCUACGCAGGACCUGGCUGA